UUAAUGCUGAUCAGCUCGACAGCAUGAAGGCGAAUAUAAAAAAGCUGUAGGCUGCAACAACACAAAAAGCAAUUCUUGCGCCGAAAGAAGAAAGGGGAAAAAUACAAAACAAAAAAAAAACAGAUCUAUUAGCAAUUAAAAGUUGGUGUUUUUGUUUUCUUGUUUUGCUUUCGUAAAAAUUUUCCCACACGCCAUGAAGAUCGAAAAUUUUGUCAUCGUUGAGCUCAUCGCUUUGCAAAGGUAACGAUGGCACAAACCAGAGCAGAUCAUCAGGGCCACUUUGGCGCUUUGUUGCUGCUUAUUGACGAUUUAGUUUUGAAAAUUUGUACGUGAACGUGCUUCGAAAGGGGCGGCGGAUGCGCCGGUUUACAAAACAGAAUUUAGUGAAUUUAUUUGUGAUUUUUUCUUUGGGUGUAAAGAAAUUCGCUAUUGUGUAAUUUUUUUUUUCAUACGUAACUGAGUGCAUAUAGAAGGUGUUAGUGGAUCAGUAUUAUUUUGAUAGGAAUUGAAUUUUAAAGUGAUUAUUUUAAUGUAAAAAUAUAGAAAAAUAUAUUAAGAAAUUAUUGUACAUGUGGCUGGUGCAUUUGGAAAACCGAGUUUAAAAAAUGUUUCGUUGCACCAAAAAGCGCCUGAAAUUCACCUUAUUCGCUUUUAAUGCGAUUUGUGCUAUGAUGGGUGUAAUUUUAAUAUGGUUUGGAUCGUGGCUAUAUAGUAACAGAGAAGAAGUUGAUGUGGAUAACAGUGAAGCCUUGAUUGCUACUGUUAUUCUUGUACUCGGCACUGUUUUAGUGGUAAUGGCAUUCUUUGGUUGUGUUGGCACAUACACGGAGUCCAAGAGCAUGUUGAUAAGUUAUGCUGUGAUUUUAGUUAUUCUAUUGGUAAUACAAAUAUUCCUUGUAAGCAUCAGCUACACUGCGGCUAGUGGAAGUCUCUCAAGUGGGCUGCAACGAGGAUUCGACGAACUUUGGGAUAAAGGUCACACAAACAUCAAUACAACGCUAUCCUUCUAUGAAGAGUGGCUUCACUGUUGUGGAAAAAAUAGCGCCAAUGACUACUUCCAAAUGGAUAAAGUUCCGCCGGCGAGCUGCUGUCGCUAUCAGGAUUGCAGGAAUGUACUAAAUCUCUAUGUGGAAGGUUGUGAGCAGAAAUUUGGCGAAUACGUGCGUGAGAAGACGAAUAGUUUCAAUAUAGUCAGCUGGUGUUUGAUACUGACGGAGUUUAUUGGCUCUGUAUUUGCUUGCAUUUUGGUUGAUAGCAUCAGAAAUUAUCGCGAUCGCAUACGUUUCUAUAAUUGAAAUGGCAACAAUUGAAUUUCUCUCUUCAAAAAAUGCACAUACACACCUCGUUCCUUCGCACAGCAUAGUAUUGUUAAUCUAAUGAUCGAAAAUCCGAAAAAUUGUUGACUCAAUACGUUAAUUAUAAUAAUUAGUAAAAUAUCUAUUGUAUUUUUAGUUUAUUAUUUAACUGAAGUUACAUUAUUGUUUUAAACUUAGCUAAAAUUUUAUAUGAAUAAUUGUUGUUUAGUUGUAAGUUACUAAAUUGUAUGUUAACCUCGAAGAAAAAUAAACCUAAAUUCAAUUAUG